ACACGUUUCUCUUUCUCUCUAAAUCUUCACUUUCUCCGUAUAGAUUCUCGUCUUUCUCUCUCCGGAGAUUUUUUUUCCUAUCAGCUUUACAUUUAAAUGUAAUGGUGAUUCUAGGGUUUGGACUUUUCAGAUCUCGAGUAGCAUUGUGGAUCUAAGGUUUUGAAUUGGAGUUUCUUUAGGGUUUAAGGUUUCCAAUGACGACGCCGUUUCACCUUCCUGUUACUGCUGCGCAGGUUGGGACGUACUUUGUGGGGCAGUAUUACAAUAUGCUUCAGACUCAGCCUGAUUUUGUUCACCAGUUUUAUAACGAUGCAAGCACGAUGCUUCGGAUUGAUGGAAACACUAGAGAGACUGCCUCGGCAAUGCUGCAAAUUCAUACCCUUGUCAUGUCACUCAACUAUACCGGGAUUGAAAUCAAGACAGCACAUUCCCUAGAGUCUUGGAAUGGAGGCGUUCUAGUGAUGGUUUCGGGUUCUGUUCAUAUAAAGCAUUUUAAUGGCCGGCAGAAAUUCGUACAAACUUUUUUCCUUGCACCCCAGGAGAAAGGCUACUUUGUUCUUAAUGAUAUUUUUCACUUCAUUGAAGAUGAUCCAAUUAACCAGCAUCCAGUAGCCUAUUUUGCCCAAAGCAAUCUUGAUUCCAAAGUAAAUACUUCAACUGCUAUUCAGGAACAAGUUUCCAAUCACAUGUUCGGUGAAGAUCUCCAAGCGGCCGGAUUUGUAGCUUCAGCUAAUAUCCACGAAAAUGGUCCAGUUGAGAGCUCCAGUUUCCCAGAUGAACAUCUGCAGCAAGUCCCUGAAGCUGAAAACAUUCUUGAAGACAAUUUUGCAGUACAAGCAAAUGGUUCUCUUCAGAGUAUAAUGAACCCUGUGAAAGACCAUCUCUCACCUGUUGAGGAACCUGUUGGGGAGCCCCAGAAGCACACUUAUGCUUCUAUUGUUGCUAAAGGACAAUCUGCACCUUCAGUACCCCGUCAGCCCUCUUUUAACAAGACAACACCUGCUUCUCAGUGGCAUCAUGUUCCAGAACUCUCUAUUCAUCAGCAGGUUGCUUGGCCAAUUGCUCUUGAAAGGUCUGAGGCUGAGGCUGCGGAGGAGGUAUCAGCUGUGGAAGAUGAAGGUGACACUUUCCCCAGUGUUUCUCAUGUUUUAUUAUCACUUAUAUAA